AUGUGCCAUGUUGCAAGCCUGGGCAGGAAGAGACUCACAGUUGUGAUAGGGACAUCCUCGAUUGUCGACGAGAUCACACAUGAACCCAUCCUAUCGAUUCUGUCGUUGAUCGUCGAGACGGCGGUCAGACUACGGCGAGAUGGACAUCGAGUGGUCAUAGUCUCUUCAGGGGCCAUAGGCGUGGGCCUCCAGAGAAUGAAUAUCCCCAAACGACCUAAACACCUCGCACAGGUUCAGGCUCUCGCUGCCAUCGGCCAAUCCAGACUCAUGUCAAUCUGGGACUCGUUAUUCGCACACAUGAACCAGCCUGUGGCUCAGAUCUUGAUCACGAGGAACGACAUCGCCGACCGGUCACAGUAUCUGAAUGCACAAAACACCCUGGCUGAAGUCCUUUCACUCGGCGUCAUCCCAAUCGUCAACGAGAAUGAUACCCUCGCCGUAUCUGAGAUCAAGUUCGGCGACAAUGACACGCUAUCCGCGAUAGCCUCUGCAAUGGUCCAUGCAGACUAUCUAUUCCUCAUGACCGAUGUGGACUGCCUGUACGACAGGAACCCGCGGAAAUUCCCCGACGCCAAACCCAUUCCCGUGGUCGAUGACAUCGAUGCUUUACAUGCGGACGUCUCUUCAGCCGGUUCGGCCUUGGGAACGGGAGGCAUGGCGACCAAGAUUGUCGCGGCCCGUCUCGCAACAGCCGCAGGCACGUCGACCAUCAUCACCAAAUCCUCGAAGCCCGGCAACAUCGCCGCCGUCAUUCGUCAUCUCCACCCACCCGUUGACGCAGAUACUGGCGCUGCGCACGAAUCAUCCAGUCCUCCUCCACUACACACACGCUUCGUCGCGUCAACUACGCCGAUCCGCAACCGCGCAUUUUGGAUUCUGCACGGCCUCGCACCCCACGGAACAAUCUACGUCGAUCGCGGCGCAAGCCAGGCGCUGGCGAACAAAGCCGGCCUAUUACCCGUGGGAGUGGUUGGGGUAGAAGGCACUUUCGCACAGCAGGAAGCGGUGCGGCUCGUGGUCGUCGACAAGCAGCCGCUCGGCAGUCUGUCCCCGACGGGCGAUUCGACCAGCGCUUCCGCUGUGCUGCAGCUUGUCCAGCGCGGCGAGGAGAUUGGCCGAGCCGUCGUCAACUACUCGUCCGCCGAGAUUUCUCGCAUCAAAGGCCUGCGCAGCUCCGAGGUCAGAAGCGUACUCGGCUACGCCGACAGCGAGUAUGUUGCCUUCCGCGAAAACGUCAGUCUCCACGCCGCUGCGGACAAGAGUCACCCGGGUACGCCUAGCGGCUUUGGCACUCCGAACAAGGAGGGUACUCCCGAGAAUAGUCUCGCGGAUUUGCGCAUUGGGCAGUGA